GAAUGGAAUUAUGGAAAUUAAACAACUUUUCCAUGACAAUCUAAUUUUUUGGAAAGGGUCUGUACAAUGUUACCCAGUAAACGACUAACAAACAUACAAUAUUAGAAUACAGCAGCAAAUGUACAACAUUAGCCAGUGAAUACAUAACACUAACUAACAAACAUACAAUGUAAGUAAAAAAAAAAAGUUAAAGAGACUAAUUGUUUAAAGUUGUAAUGUGUUGCUGGCAGGAGUGCCAGCAGGUAUUCUGGACCUCAUGAAAAAAAUCACAUUGGAUUCCCCCCCUUUUUAUUUUUUAAUUUUUACCUCUUUGUGGGGCCCCUGACUAAUUGGAAUUGGAAGGAAAUUAGAAAGUCGCUCCCCCUCCUCCCUAAUACGUGCAGGUUGCUGUGUUCUUAUCAGCGGGACAACAGGAUCAAAGUCUACACCGUCGCUGAUAUGAGAAGUCCAAGGUCAGAGGUUACGGGUGGUGCCACAUUGUGCUGAAGCUGUGGGAGGAAAACGAGACACAAACACUGCUCACACACUCCGACCGCACACUAACACACUUUCUGCAGAUCUGUCAGGAAAAUGGGCGCCAGUGCACCAAAGGACAAGUUUCACGCCGUCUGGCUGGCCUUCUUCAUGCUUGGCUUGGGAACGUUAUUGCCAUGGAACUUCUUCAUGACGGCCACCAUGUACUUUAGCAGCCGUCUGAAGGACUCGAGCAAUGAGACGGCGGCGGGUGAGGAGCACCGCAGCGUGCUGCAGGCCAGAUUUAACAACGUGAUGACGCUGUGCGCCAUGUUGCCGCUCCUCAUCUUCACCUGCCUCAACUCUUUCCUGCACUCACGCGUGCCUCGGCAUGUGCGUGUGGCGGGCAGCUUGCUGGUCAUCAUGGCCGUCUUCCUGCUGACGGCGCUCCUGGUUAAGGUUCCCAUGGAGCCUGCGCCGUUCUUUGCCGUCACCAUGGUGAAGAUCGUGAUCAUCAACUCGUUCGGCGCCGUGCUACAGGGAAGUCUGUUUGGAAUGGCGGGAGUGCUUCCCGCCUCGUACACCACACCCAUCAUGAGUGGUCAGGGCCUCGCCGGGACCUUUGCAGCCUUCGCUAUGAUCUGCGCCAUCGCAAGUGGUUCGGGCGUCCAAGAGGCUGCUUUCGGUUACUUCGUCACAGCGUGUGUCGUUAUUUGUAUUUCCAUUUUGUCAUACAUCAUGCUGCCUAAACUGGAGUUUUUCCAGUAUUACGAACAGCAAAAAAAUCGAGGCGAGGAAGAUGAGAACGUCAACCUUGCGAACGAAGUUGGUUCAGGAAGGGGCGAGGGAGCGGCCGGUGGAAACGCCUCCAUGGUGAAGAUCUUCAAGAAGAUGUGGGUCUUGGCGCUGUCCGUUUGCUUCACCUUCACCGUCACCAUCGGAACGUUUCCCGCCGUCGUGGCCGACACCAAGUCCUCAUUGGCUGACAAGAGUUCCUGGGACGUGUACUUUGUGCCGGUUGCCUGCUUCCUGCUCUUCAACCUGUGCGACUGGGGAGGGCGGAGCCUGACGGCAUUUUGCAUGUGGCCAGGAAAAAACAGUCGGCUACUUCCCGUUUUGAUUGCCGCUCGCGUGGCGUUUGUGCCGCUCUUCAUGUUGUGUAACGUGCAGCCCCGCGUCCACCUGCCCGUCUUCUUCCAGCACGACGCCUUCUUUGCCACCUUCAUGGUGGCCUUUGCAGUCAGCAAUGGUUACCUCGCCAGUCUGUGCAUGUGCUAUGGGCCCAAGAAAGUUCUUCCUCACGAAGCGGAGACAGCCGGCGCCAUCAUGGCCUUUUUUCUCUCUUUGGGUUUGGCUUUUGGUGCUGCGCUUUCCUUCGUGUUCAGAGCACUCGUUUGACGCGAGAACGUGCGCAGAACAAAUGAGCAAUGCCUUGUAAAUAUACUUGAAAGUGUUGUAAUUGUUGUUGAACAGCAGUGGGCGCUGUGUAACAUCCUACAACUACCUCACCCCAGAGAAGAAGAAACACCUCUUAUUAAAAAUGCUUUAUUUGCUUUAAUUCUGUGAAGUGUAAGCCAGUGCUUGGCAUGUCACGGGUCUGUCUACAAGAAGAGAACUACUAAGGUGGGCCAAAAGGAGGUGGGGCUACAAGCACAUUGCCACUCCCCCUGCUGGCGGUGUGAAAGAUUGCAGCAGUUUUAAGGCACUCCCUUCAGACGAUUUAUGGAGGACCACGAGGUUCUUCUGGGUCACAGUCUGGCGCAUUCAAACUCAGAACCGGUCUCAGAGGGCUGCGGCCUCUCAAGGAAAAACACCCUGUUGACAGGUGCCGCUGGCGCACAGGGAGGACUUCCCAUCAGCACAGGGUCGGCAUUGGGGGCAGGGCCAGCCAGGUUGUACUUCCUCUCGCUGCGAGGAACCUUGACCCGGCCCUGACCGUCCCCCUUCGGCUUGAAGCGCCUCAGCUUGACCGAGUCUUUGGCGUCCCGGGCGCACGGCAGCAAGACGCCCACGUCUUUACGGAACUUGGAGCUGAGGCCGAAGUAGAUGAGCGGGUUGUAGAAGCUGGCUGACUUGGCGAAAAGGCGAGUGAAGAUGCUGGUCAGGUUUGGCACGUGGAAUCCAAAGGCGGACCACAUGGACACCACAGCGUAAGGAGACCAUGCCAGGAUGAAGGCCGUGCAGAUCACGAUGGACACCUGACAGGAAGAGCAGAGUCAUGAGUGGAUGUCGGGACAAUGCAAACCUCCACUUACAGGUUGCUCCAAGACCGGGGUCUCAAACUCGCAACACCGUAUUUUGUGGACCCCUACUUGACAAGUAACUGGUAAGUAAAACACAUUGGGAAACUACAAGUACUAUGGGGAAUAAUAAACAUUAAAAUGAACUCUAAACACACAACUUGAGCAACUAUUUACAAAACAGGUGUCGCAAGGCAUGCUGGGAAGCCAGAUGCACUCCAGCAGCGCUGUGCAAGAGGAAGCGCUGCCAAGUUGCUGGCAGCAAGGAGUAGGCUAGAGAAGCCUAUCUGAAGAAGCAUUUAUGUUCUGUGCUUUUAUUAAUAAAGAUUAAGAAGAUUGGAUGAGUUAUACUUUUUUUUAAAUACUUGAAUCCCUUGAUGCAACCCAGACUCUAACUCCACAGGCCCCCAGGUAAGUUGAGUUUGAGACCCCUGCUCCAAGAGGUUCUACAUAGGAUUCCUUUAGGAAGUUCCAUCAAGUAAAGCUUCCUCUAACAAGGUUCUUGAAGGUCUUCUAGGUUGCGGCCCUGGACCUGCUCCUCAAGGAAUUGCCCAUGAAGAGGCACUGAUGCAAGCUAACAGAAGUUAGACGCACGAUGGUGACGUCUCUCUCCAUCUUCCUCUGGCGAUCCGUCAGGUCGCCCUCAGAGGCAAGCGCGUUUCCUCGCUUCACUGUGUUGAUGAUGGACACGUAGCAGAAGAGCAUGGUGAGCACAGGCACGAAGAAGCAGAAGAUGAAGAUGCAGAUGAUGUAGGCCCGGUACACGGCAGAGUAGAGGGCUUUGGUCCAGUCAAUCUCACAUGUUCCAUAGCCACGAUCUGCAUGGGGUCGACGGUUGGAGGUCAGGUGGAAGGGAGGAGUGCGAGGAAAAAGAGUGGAGGGAGGAAGUUCACCUGUGUAGCUUCCCCAGCCCAGCAGUGGCGCUCCAGACCAGAAGCCGGCCGCCAUCCAGAUCAUCAGCAGACAGACGGACACGCUGGUCAUGUGGAUGUGAUGAGCUGAGGAAGUGAAGGAGGAGAGGAAGAAGAAUGAGAAGAGGGAGAAAGAGGCAGAAGAAGAAAAUAGGAGAAAAAGAAAAAAAGAAUGAUGAAAAAGGAAGAGGGAGAAAAGAGGGGACAGAACAGGAAGAGGAGGAAGGAAUAAAAAAAGAAGAAACCAGAUGAGGACCAAUCACUUCAGCAGGGAUAUCUUUUCUAUGGCAACAUGCCAUGACCUCGGCCAGGGUGACAUCCUUUUACGUAGCGUGUGACGCUGAUAACCGUCAGCGUGUUGAUGCUGCCCAGUCCAAAUAACAGCGUGAAGAAGCCGUCCACCUGGAGGACACACACACACACACACACACAGAGGUCAGCGUCAAGCUCCGCCACCUUUAAGAACAUUAAGUAAUGCUACCUCGCAGGUCCAGAUGGAUGAGAUCAGGUAGUCGCUGUCCUGGAAGACGUUGAAAAUCUCGAUGAUGCCUCGAGAGUAGCCGAACACAGAAAUGCUGGCGUCGGACACGGCCAGGUUAAAGGUCAAGUAAUCGGUGGGCUGCAGCGAGGCCCUCUGGCGGUACAACACGAACAGAACGAUGCUGUUCCCGAACCAGGACAACCAGCCUGACAGCAGAAGACGAGGACAACUCUGAACUCAAAAUAGAUACAAACCUUUUGAUGGCUGGUUUCCAUGACAACAGCCUGAAAACAAUGUACAAUUUGAAGAAGUUUCCAUGUCAACACUGAGAAGCACUUUACACCACAAACAAAGUGACAUUGCCACCUGCUGGUCCGGCAUGCAUGUUGUUAAAGUGUGAAAACUCACCCAGUAGCAGUAGGUAGACGCCAAUGAUGGUCUCACCCUGGUCAGACAGAGGGGGGUCUCGGCCUCCAGUGGGCGUCAAGCUGUUGUUUCUCCAGAGUGAAGAGGAAGAAGAAGACAUGAUGGAGUGGUGUUGACUGAGUGAAGAGCUUGUGAAGAAGACAAGAGUGUGGUUAAUCUGAGACUCUGUCCCACCGGAAGCUCGCAACGCCGCGGGAAGAUCCGCGUUGGACGCCGCCACCGCGGGGUUUCUUCCUGCCGCGGGUGGAGCGUUGUAAAUGGG